AUGUCGAUCGAUGAUCAAAACUUUCUCCGCUUUGGCCAGUCGGCCGAUAUUGAUAUCAUCUUCGAUGGCACCGAAAAUCGGCAGCAGGUCGAAAUCAAAACAGAGGACGGCAAGAAGGACAAGCACCUGCUGUACUACGACGGUGAAUCAGUGGGCGGAAAGGUGAACAUCACGCUCAAAAGACCGGGCAGCAAGUUGGAACACCAGGGUAUCAAAAUCGAGCUUAUCGGUCAAAUUGAGUUGUACUACGAUAGAGGCAACCAUCAUGAAUUCCUGAGCCUCGUGCGAGAGCUGGCUCGGCCAGGCGACCUCAUUCAGAACACGUCAUAUCCGUUCGAGUUUGCAAAUGUAGAAAAACCUUACGAAGUGUACGUCGGCUCGAAUGUACGAUUACGAUAUUUUUUGCGCGUGACUAUUGUGCGUCGUUUGAGCGAUAUCGUGCGGGAGGUUGACAUUGUCGUGCAUACGCUCUCGAGCUACCCGGACACCAACAGUCCGAUCAAGAUGGAGGUCGGUAUAGAGGACUGCCUGCACAUUGAGUUCGAGUACAACAAGAGCAAGUACCACUUAAAGGAUGUCAUUGUUGGUAAAAUUUACUUCCUGUUGGUCCGCAUCAAAAUCAAGCACAUGGAAAUUGCCAUCAUCAAGCGCGAACAGACCGGUUCGGGACCUAACAUGUACACGGAGAACGAGAUUAUCGCCAAGUACGAAAUCAUGGACGGUUCGCCUGUCAAGGGCGAAAGCAUACCGAUACGAGUGUUUCUCGCUGGAUACGAUCUGACUGUGACGAUGCGCGAGAUUAACAAAAAGUUUUCGGUGCGCUAUUUCCUCAAUCUGGUGCUAAUUGACACCGAGGACCGGCGGUACUUCAAACAGCAGGAGAUCACACUUUGGCGCAAGGCGGAGAAAACGCGCAAAUCGUUGACACCUUCGCAGGCUGCAGCCAUUCAAGGUGGAGUUGCGAGUGCAGGACUGAUGCCAGGCCAGCUGGUGGCCGUAACGGGCUCGAGCAACAAUCCGCACAUACCUCAUCAUCUGGUUGGGCAGGGCACGAUGAGUUCGCUGGGCUCGAAGGAGCUUCCUUCGAGCACUGGGAACAGUGUGGGGCUGCUAGGGGACGGUAGCAACGGGGAGGAUAAUGCAGACAUGAAACGGUCGGACGAAUCCAACCCAAUCAUGGGACUAUUUACGGAAGAUAAUUCACAAGCUGAUUUACGGCCUAAACCGGCAGCACGACAGCGCAACGAGGAACCGCUUGAGGCUGAGAGCGAUCAGCAGGAUGUUAGUUCCCGUUCAGUGAACAGCAAUUUGAAGCCCGGAGAACUGCCGCUCCAUAUCGAACCAGAUGAAGAGUCACAGCCACAGCAGCAGCAACAGCUGCAGCAGCAAUCGACGCAACAGCACUUGCACCGAGAGGCCGGCGACGGUGCUGCUUCGAUAUCACAAACGACCGACGAAGAAACGUCCUCGCUGUUCGAUGCGAACGAUCUGAGCUUCAACGCAGCCAGUAGCAGCAAUCCAUCGGUGGCCGUAGCGGCACCAUCAACGAUAGUAGUUGAUCCGACGUCUUCCCCGACGGUUAGCAGUUCAGCUACUAAACCGGCGACGGUUGACGAACCUGCGAGCGAGGACACGGCUUCGGCCAGUAGGGAACAGGAAGGUGAAAUCGCCCAUUCCGAGGUAACGAGUACGGAAGCGAAUACGAGCAGUCGUGCAAGCCCGGUUCCUGCGGCAAGGAGUUCCGCAUCGCCGCCACCAUUGGCUGCGAAGCCGGCGAAACCUCGAAAGCCCGUUCUCGAAUAAACGGAUCGUUCCAGCCCACAGAAAGCCGCGUAAGCCAUCCGCCAAGUGUCCUCAUUCUCACUCUCUCGCACUUUGUGUUUUCUUCGUUGUAAACAGAUGUAAUCAUUUAUCGUUCGAAAUUUAAUUCCUGCUGUUGAUGUGACACCAAGCGACAGAGAUUGAGAGAGAGAAAGAGAGAGGGAGUGGGAGAAAGUAUAGAGACACGAUAAGAGAAAGAGUAAAGCAAUCAAAAAAAGGAAUCCUUCUCGAAUCCUUCCUAUAAGUGGAAUCGGAAAAGCGGGAACAUUUGGACAAGGCUGCUAGUGGUUAAUCGUUGAGUGAAACAUUUUCAAAUGUUUUUUUUUGUUAUAGGCAAACUAAUCUAUGAUAUCUAAAAUCCUAUAACAAACGCGGGAAUGUAAUACAAUACCGUUUCAUUUUCACAUGUUUCGAACUGGUAACGGUGGAAAUGGGUGAAGUUACAUUAUCGGCAUUGUGAUGAUAAUGAUUGUGGUGAUUGAAGUUUCAACAAAAAAAAAAACAUGUCACGAACUCGUUAGAGAAGGAAUUUCAGGAUGUGCAAAGAGUGCUGGUCGAGAAUCGUCGUUCCGAGCUCAGGCGCGGAAAAGUGAAAAUUGUAAACACUUAGUAUAGAUCAAAACGUUACAUUGCAAGACAUUGUACGUUCCACUGGAAAUGGUCAUCAACAUCCGAGGAGCACGGUUAUAUUCAUUGCAAGAAAAGAGCACGUUAGCAAAUUUUCGGUUCUAAUCACCAAAUUCAAAGUAAUUGAUGCUGAACCAAAUGAAAACGAGAGGAUGGUCAGUCUGCUUUUUAGUCAAUUUUUGGCUGUACGGGCGAAAUCGAAUUUGUGAAACAUAGAUAAAAUUAAGUGUGCGGUUAUCAAUGUGCAACGGAUAUUGGAAGACGUUAAUAUUUACUUUUUAAGCUGCUAAUAAUAGGUACCAAUACUACAAUCCUGCCCGUAAAACCCUUCUUUCUGUUUCCUGUUCAAUUGAUGAAGUAGUGAAUUUUUGUUAUAUUAUCAUCUUUGUUUUCUUUGCCAGCAAUAACCUGAGGAAGAUUUAAAAAAAGUCAUAAGAAAUGUGUAGCGAUAGUCUUCUGCUCGUGUAACGGACUGUUGAAAAAUUCUUGUUACUACAGUUUAAGCAAGGCAGCGAUAACUGAACUGGCACUGGGAACGAACACUCCAAACAUAUGGCUAACAAAUUUUAAAUUCGUGCAACACACAUAACAGAACGUACGGAUUGCUUCGCAUCUUUAUUCGCGAAACAAUUUGCUGCCCCAGGCGAACAAAUCAACUAACGUGGCGAAUAAUUGCACUGCACGUGGUUAUACUGAGUUAAUGGAUACAACACAAAACGAAUAGACAACAUUUAACUGUAUGAAAAGCAAACAAAAACGAUCCUGCGCGGGGAAAAAUGCAAGUAAAAAAACCAUGAGAAGUAUAUAUAUAUAUAUUGAAAAUAAACACGCUAAGUAUAU